UGACAGCUCCCACGUCAGCUGAAGACAGGUGUGUUACCUCACCACAGGUGCGACACACAUCACAACAGGUGUGUUACCUAGGUCAAUUUCUGAUUACGCCUAGCAUUGCGUGGCUUAUCGGAAAUGACACACACACACACACACACACACAGGACUUACUUCCUUCUGAGAGUUGACAGACAUAGGCACAUGAGGAGUGGACAGAAACAGCUCUACGAGUGACCCAGAGGAACGUAAGACUAAACAACUUUGCAGAUGACCACCAGAACAUGUAAAACCCUCAAAUGUUACUUCGAAAAAGCAGUACCGCACUGUCAACAGGGCUCCCGAGGGCUCCCGAGUGGCGCAGCGGUCUAAGGAACUACAUCUCAGUGGCCCAUGUUUCCGUGUGUGGAUUUCUCUGUCGAUGGGCAGAGUUGAGUUAACUACACCUACACUCACCAGGCAUGACCACAAGACUGGAACCCUUUAUCUUCACUGACCCUUCUCUACUACCUCCAUAGGACAGAGAGAAAUAGACGGAGCUAGACAUACAACUCUCCCACUAUCUCUGUCUGCCAGAAGUGCAAUGUGAGUACAGACAACACUAUACAUGGGGAAGCCGUCCAGUCAGCUAUCUUGUCUGUUAUCCACUAUCUUGAGUAAAGAGACAUUGGGACCUCCGGGCAGCAGCAUGGGACACAAACACCAGCCUCCUUUCACCCUGCCCCUCAUACUCAUUUACAUACGCAGGUCACUCAAGGACUACCCCCUGUAAGCCUAGACCCUUAGAUCACAUGGAUAGAGAAGAGCAUUCUGUCCUGUCCACACAGUUACUAUAAACUCCUGUAUCACAGUUGUCUCAGAAACUGUGUUGUCUCAGAAACUGUGUGGGAGAGAGACAGAAAGUAGGGGAUAGACCAGAGAGCGAGAUAGAUAGAUAUAGAGGUAUAGACAGAGGAAGCAUCUUUGAGUCAUGCAGGGCCGUGUGUGUCAGCUGUUGCUGGUGAAUGCUUUGACCUGUGGUCUGGAGGUGUGUAUGGCUGCAGGGACCUUCUACAUCCCCCCUCUACUGCUGCAGGCCGGCAUGGAGGAACGCUACAUGACCAUGGUGCUGGGAGUGGGGCCAGUUCUGGGUUUGAUCUUCGUGCCCAUGAUCGGUUUGUAUAGUGACUCGUGGCGUGGACGUUUUGGUCGGCGGCGGCCAUUCAUCUGGCUCCUUUGUGUGGGGAUUCUGCUGGGCCUGCAGGUGAUGCCCCAGGCCUCUCACCUAGCUGCCUUGCUCUACCCGCAGCACCCCCGCUGGCUGGAGAGGGUCCUGCUGGCAGGGUCAGCCUGUCUGCUGGAGUUCUCUGGGCAGGCCUGUUUCACGCCGCUGGAAGCUCUGAUCUCAGACCAGUUCCCAGGAGAGGAGGAGAGCAGAAGGGCCUUCUCUGUCUACUCACUGAUGAUCAGCCUAGGAGGAUGCCUGGGGUACCUGCUGCCAGCCCUGGACUGGAGCCAUGCCCCGACAGCAGCCUACCUGGGCGGUCAGGAGGCCUUCAUCUAUGCCCUGCUCACCCUCAUCUUCCUCACCUGCCUCCUCAGCACAGUCUUCAUCUCAGAGGAAAGAUACACCAGAGGGGGAGAGACAACCAGGAAGGAUGUUAGUGUUAGCUCCACCCUGAGCCGAUACUGUGCACACUCCUUGCUGCCGCAGCCUCACUGUGUGCGGCUGGCGGUGGGGCGGAGUGUGUCGCUGUGUGUGUCGGCGCUGCCACGCAUGUACAGUGUGUGUAUGCACGUGCCAGCAGUCAUACGCAGGCUGUUUGUAGCCGAACUGUUCAGCUGGAUGGCUCUGAUGAGCUUCAUGCUGUUCUACACAGAUUUUAUGGGAGUGGGGCUGUACCGGGGAGUACCCAACGCUACACCUGGAACACAGGAGAGACUACGAUACGAUGAAGGUGUGCGCAUGGCGAGUGUGGGUCUAUUCCUGCAGUGCCUGACCUCAGUGGUCUGCUCCAUCCUGAUGGAGCGCUGGAUAGUGUUGCUAGGCACCCGGGCUGUGUAUGUUAGCAGUGUGGUCCUGCUAGCGUUAGCUACAGCUGUGAUGAGUUUCUCAACGAGUGUAGUGAUGGUCACUGUCAUGGCCGCAGCUACUGGAUAUACCUUCUGUGUGCUGCAGGUCCUGCCCUACACCCUGCUGUGUCUGUACCACUCUGACAGACAGGUCUUCUUCUCCAGUUCCAAAUCCAGACCUUCUCACCCAGGAGAUAGUGAUGACCACAUCCACUCCAAGCCCCUCCUUCCCCCUGACUCCGUCCAUGGCAAUAGGUAUCCAGAGGGGGUCAAUCUCCCCGGGGCCCCAAUUCUUUCCUCCUCCACCUCCCCCCACGUGUCCCUUCCCCUGGAGAGAGAAGGAGAGCCCAUACCCCUGCCUCAGAGAGGGAUGUGUCUAGACAUGGCUAUCCUAGACAGUGCCUACCUGCUUUCACAGGUGCUGCCUGCUCUGUGUCUGGGCUCCAUAGUGCAGCAGUCUCACAGUGUCAGUGCCUAUAUGGCCUCAGCCUGCUCCCUCAGCAUCAUGGCCAUGCUCUGCUCCACCGGUGUCAUCUUCACACGCAGUGACCUCCACAAGCUCACAGGGUCAAAGGACAGCGCUCCAACACUGACGGGGCUAAAGAGUUAACCCAUUGUGGAUGUAUCUGUGUUGUGGAAUUGCAGAUUUCUAUUGGAGUUUGUCUGUCCAUUAUCAUCGAAUGGAAUCCGGAAUCCUGUAGAAUCCGGUAUGGAAUCCUGUGGAAUCCGGUAUGGAAUCCUGUAGAAUCCGGUAUGGAAUCCUAUAGAUUGCAAAAUAUGCCAUCUGACUCCUCAAAUGCAUCAGGGGUUAAAGAACCAAGGGUUGAUGGUUGCAGUCCUGACAUCAGCACCUCUGAGACUGACUGACAGACUGACAGACUGACAGACUGACUGACUGAAAGGACAGGUACUUCUUGUUUAGUGUGCUGGCACAACCAAGAGAGGAGGUCAAUCCUGGGAAACACUGUAAUGGACAGUAAAAUAGUUUUCCUUCCUAAAUUGGUCACCAUAUAUGCUGGUCACAGAUGCUUCAACAUAUCAGGGGGAAUACUGAGACAGGCCACUGUUCCUCUGACACGAUAAAGGGGGAUAAAGUGAUACUGCUUAUUGCUAUGUCUGACAUGUAUUAUGUUUGCUAUUGGUUACUGCAAUCGAACAUGUUUCAAAGUACACUUUGUUUACUGUUAUAACUAAAAUGUAGCAUGAUUGCUAUCUGAGGCCAUGAGAGUA